UAUAAUCCAAGCUAGAGAAUUUUUUUGCUAUCGGUCCUGUAGUUGAAAAAUUUUAUUGGCCUCUUGGGUGCAUUGUAAAGUUGAAGGGUGCUAAGUGCAUAAACAAAGAUAAGUUACAUUCAAUCAAUAACUACAUAAUAAAACGCACAACCACAACAAAGACUGUUCAAGCUUGCGCCAGUGACAUCUGAUACUACUUGUGCUUACAAAAUCACAGCUCUUGAGGCUUUUGACUCCUCUAAAAAUCUCAGAAUUACUUUUCCUGUAUUGUGACAUUGAUAAUUAUUUAAUUCAGAAUGGAAUUUACAAGAAUGAUGGAGUGGCCUGAGUUGUGUGGCGCUGCGGUUUGGCUGCGGCGUUCAGUCGACGAUGGCUUCGAAGGGCGAUCACAACAGUGAGGCAGCGCUACCCGUGCACCCGCUCCUUGGGGGGGACAGGCCCCGGGGGGGCGCUAGGCCCACCAUGGAGUCUGGCAAAACCUCAAACCGCAAUCUCUACAUCGCCUGCUGCAUUUGUAAUUUGGCAUCAUUUGCAGCGGGUAACGCCUUAACAUGGAGUUCCCCUACAAUAUCAAAGAUGAAAGAGAACAACGAGAUCCACAUAAGUCAAGAAUCUUGGUUGGGAUCAUUGAUCGCCCUGGGAGCGUCGCUGGGGCCUUUCGUCUCUGGAUUCUUGAUUGACAGGAUAGGAAGGAAGAAAACUCUUUACCUGAAUGCAGUAUUAAUCAUUUUAUCGUGGAUUCUGAUAGGAAUUGCAAUUAGCAGUUUUGAUAGUAUAUCAUUUGAACUGAUUUAUGUGGGCCGAGUGUUGGCCGGUGUAUCUGCAGGGUCUUGCUAUGCUUCUAUACCAAUGUACAUCGGAGAAAUCGCUGAGGACAGCGUCCGUGGUGCCGUAGGCUCUCUACUGGCAUUCUUCCUCUGCGGUGGUUUCCUGCUGGAAUACGUCGUAGGACCUUACGUCAGCUAUUUGGUGCUGAUCUUGGUGUCAUGUAUUGCACCAAUCGCCUUUCUAGUUUUGUUCUUCUUCAUGCCAGAAUCACCUUACUAUCUGAUCGCCCAAGGGCGAAAUGCUGAAGCUAUCAGAGCCUUGCAGUGGUUGAGAGGAGCCGAUGAUGCUUCAAUUGUGCAAAAAGAAGUCACUGAUAUGCAGAACUCUGUAAACGAGUCAGCAACGCAAAAAUCAGGAGCAAUCGAGCUGGUGAAAUCGAAAGGCAACUUUAAAGCACUUUACCUCAGUUGCGGCCUGGUUGCGUUUCAACAGUUCAGUGGAAUCAACGUGAUUCUGUUCUACAGCGAGCAAAUAUUCCACCUGACUGGGGCCGCUCUGUCUCCCGCCAUCUGCUCCAUUAUCAUUGGUGCAGUGCUGGUCAUAUCUGGUGGAAUCGCUCCUCCAGUCACCAGUAUUUUCGGAAUCAAAAUGAUGUUGAUUGUGUCAGGCGUUGGCAUGUUCUUAUCUGAGGCACUCCUUGGAGUAUACUUCUUUUUCAAAGAUAAGGGAGUUGAUGUUUCAUCAUUGUCAACAGCUCCCAUCAUUUUCAUGGUUGUCUACAUCGUAACAUACUGUCUAGGUUUCGGACCAUUGCCGUGGGCUGUGAUGGGGGAGAUGUUUCCACCUAACAUGAAAGCCAAAGCAUCUGCGAUUACAGCUUCGUUUUGUUGGAUUCUUGGCUUCAUCAUAACUUUGGGCUUCAAUUCGGUGGCUGCAUCACUUGGAAUGGCUUUUGCUUUCUGGAUUUUCUCAGGGUUCUGCGUGGUGGCGAUCCUGUUCACAGUGGUAUUAUUGCCCGACACUCGGGGUCUUUCCCUCCAAGAGAUUCAAGAUGUUCUGAACGGGAGACCUGUCAACAGGAAACUAUAGAACAUCAGAAUCUGGCCAUGUAUUUCAAUUAGACUUCAGCAUUUCACAGUCUACAAAUAACAUUUGAAAUUGAAUGUGUGAUUCACUUAUUAGACAUAAUAUGGUUCAAGUACUGAAUACGACUUUCAUAUCAAUGGUUUUUAUUAUAUUAUAUGUUAAAUGUUUUUCCAACAAUUCAUAUUUUUUAAUUGAACGUUCUUUAUUCCUUGAAGUUUUACAAGAAUACAUAAUUACUUUUGCAAUCAAUUCACAUUUUUUCAGUAAAACUGAGAUAAUUCUCAAUUCGUACCAAUAGAUUCUUUACUUCAUUCUCAUUAUCUUCAUUCACAUGAUUCCUAAUGGCUUUUAAAUCAUGUAUGAUAAUAUUCAUUUAGUUCUAGAUCCAGAAAUUUGUAACUAUUUUGUCAUUCUCAUAUAACCCAAAUAAUUAUGAAUGACACUUUUAUGAGAGAUUAUUAGGAUACGGUAUACAACAUUCAUAAUCGUGUUCUAUUCCUCAAUCUUUCAUUGACUGCUAUAACUAACUUAUAAAUGUGUAUGAUAUUGUAAAUAAUAAGCUAUUAUUGUAUAGAACUGGCUGUAGAUAAUGUUUCAUAAUUAAGUAUUAGGUAUUGUAGCCUAUCCAACUAAUCAUUUAAUGUAUAUUAGUUCAUGCAAUUGUAUGUUAUAUUUUAACUCUCUAUUUUAUUCAUUUAGAAAAGUUAAUUUUAAUCUUCAUUCUUUUAAGGCUUUCUCGAGAUAGUAACGCUUCAGAUAUAUAAGCUUUUGAACAAAACAAGAAUCGUAGUGUAGAUUUUAGAAGAUAGAACAAUAUUAAUUUUACUAAAACUUAUAGAGGUUGUUCAAAAAUUUGCUCUCUGAGUAGUGCCAUUAUAUGCUUCUACCAUCUGUUGAUUCAUUUUACAUUUGCUGCAGACGUUUUCCAAAUUUAAAAUACCUGAAUAAAGUUUAUGAAUAAUUGACUUCAUUAUCAUUAUUAUUGUUUUUUACAGUUUUUUCUCAUACAUUGAAUAAUGGUACUUCAUCAUAAUAUUAUAAGAUUAUUAGGUACUAGUAAUUUUCAAGACAUUUUUGUUCAAAAAUUAAUUGAACAUGAUGAGUUAUUUCUUAUUCUUAUUUAUUCUCAAGAAGUUAUCAUAUACUACUUCACAUGAAAUCAUAGCUUGAAGAAUGAAAUUUCAUCAAUUUUAUUAGUUAUGAUUAUUACACUUAUUUAUAGCUGUUAUUAUAAUAAUUCAUUUGUUAGUUUUGGUUAUAAAAAUAUAAUUGAACAUCUAUUUAAAAAU